GUGUGUGUGGUUUUUUUUCGGUCCCCGGUGUGAAGGGGAGGGUUAAAAUGAGCGUGAGUGCGUGUGACUAUAGACCCUAUAGACCAGGGAUCCGUGCCGUAGAUGUAUGCCAAUAACAUUCACAGGGAAUAUUAAUUUCCCUGAUAAACUUCAUAGCCAAAUAGCCAAGGACCUGUCGGACCUGUCUGAGGAAGACGUCGAUAAACUAGAGGUGUGGAAGGGUGGAACGAGUAACACCAAACAAGAAGAAAGAUUAAAAACGCAAACAUUAACAUUGUGUUCAAUGCAAAGAUCAGGCUCUUGUAAACUUAGGCCCCAUAGGUCUACGCUAUGUAACCAUAGCAGUAAAUGAACGUUGCUAGGCAAGGAAACUUGCAUUGUGCAAAUCUCAGGACAAAUUAAAAUGGCUGCUUGUAGGCAGGUUUGGUUGAGUAAUGACUCUGGAAUCCUUCGCAAAAAGGAAGAUGAAGAUGAACUUCUGGUGUUCGGAUAUUCCUGCAAACUUUUUCGUGACGAUGAAAAGGCAAUUUUCAUCGAUCAGGGAAAGCAUUUGAUUCCAUGGAUGGGUGAUGAAUCAUUGAAAAUUGACAGAUAUGAUGGACGUGGGGCAUUAUAUGACUUAAAGCAGUAUGAGGCACAGCCAGGAGGUCAUGAUGCAAAUCGAUGGGUUGGUCUUUCUGAUGCUGAACGCCGUGUAGAGCAACUUUGUGAUGAGGAACGGUAUCGGGCUUUAUAUCAUAAUGAGGAAGAAGAGGCUUUAUAUCAAGAAGAAGAACUGAAGAGACUGCAUAAAGCAUUGGGCUCGAAGUCAUACGGUGAAGUUGCGUUCAAUUAUGAUGAAGAUCAGGGCUCAGGAAAACAUGUAGAAAAAGUAGGGGGAGAACCAGCAGAGGAGGAAGUGGAAGGAGGAGAUGAACCUUUCAUAGCCCCUCCAGAAUUGGAUAUACCCAUUAACAUGACACUGCCUGACUCUGUUAAACUGAAUGCAAUUAUUGAGAAGACUGCACUGUUCAUCAGCCAGCAAGGAGCUCAGAUGGAGAUCUUGUUGAAAAUGAAGCAAGCAAACAAUCCACAAUUUCAGUUUCUUUCCUUUGAUUCACCACUUCAUCCAUACUAUCGUCAUCUUCUCAUGGCAAUAAAAACUGGACGUUACCGACCAAAGACGCAGGAACAGGAUAAAGAAGGUGAUCAAGAUGAUGGAAAUGAUGACCACUACUUGCAUCCUAGCUUGGCCCCUGGAAGUUCACGUGUUGAAUUGGCUCCAUCAAUUCCAAGCAUUAACUACAAGCCAUCAGCUGACUGUGCAUACUCCAUGCUAGUUAACAAAAUCAAGAACAGGCAGGCAUCAUUCUCUGUGAACCCACUGCAACAGCCUCCUGUUCCUGGAACAUCUGAUCCCAUUCUGCCGAUGCAGUAUCAGCAGGCGGCACCUAGUCACAUUAUCCAGGCAUCGCCGGUUCUCUACAGACACGAUCCUGUUUCCAAAGAAGUGACAGCACCAACUUCCACUACAUAUCAGCAUAUUAGUGUGAGGAAAACAUCACACAAUGGAGACUCUUCAGAUGAAGAUGUGUAUGGGAAACAAGUAGAUUCUGUGUAUAGUGGAGGCCAUAGCAGUUCAAGAUCAGUUUCUCCUGAAAUGUUCACUCACCCUCCACCAGACAUGCAGCUCAUUAUAGACAAGAUGGCCAGCUAUGUUGCCAAGAAUGGCAGAGAUUUUGAAGCUAUUGUGAGAAGCAAAGGUGACAGCCGUUUUGCAUUCCUUGAUGUGAAUCAUCCAUUCUUCCAAUAUUACCAGCAUAAAUUGGGUGUCUAUGAGAAAUUAGAAGUUCCUGCUGUAUGCAGUUCUGUAGCUUCAGUUGGCAGUGCUUCAGGAAGGAUGGAAGUGGAUGAUUCCAGUCAGGAUAUGAAUCUGAUGGCUGGUGCUGGUGAAGACAGCCGAGACAGCUCUGAUAAGAGCAGUGAUGGCAGCAGACAGGAAAACUGUAAACAGAGGUCCAAACCAGCUCCCGUGUGCUUUUCAAUAAAGAAACCUAAAGAAUCAGAGGCUUUGCUCUUGGAGAAGCGUAGUGCUCUACCAGUGGAGGAGAGUUCAGAUGAAGAAGAAGGUCAGGAGAAGGAUAAAGACAAAGCGAAGGUUGAAGAAAAGAAGAAGGUAGAAGAGAAUGUAAUUAAAGAAGAGAAGGAGAUAAAAGUUGAGGCUGAAGUAAUUGACCUCACAGAGAGUACUACUAUAGCACAACCAGUGACAGCAAACACCACAACAGUUGAGGAAAACGGGAGCAGCAGCAAAGAAAAGAAAGGAUCUGCAGAUAAAGCCAAAUGGGCUGAAGAACGAUUAAAAGAUAGGUUGGCAGCUGCAGCUCGGGAAAAAAUUGCAGCUGCAGCUCGUGAAAAGCAACUACAGUUGGAGAGAAAGCGAAGAGCUGCUGCUUUUCUAAAUAUGAUACGUAAAGAUCAUCCGCUUGGAACUCUUGACUCUCCCAUCAUAGGUCCUCAGCUUCCUGAUGGUGCGCCAGUACAGAGGAUUAGUGAUGAUGAAGGAGAAGUAUCAUCGGUUCCUUCUCCAACUUCAUUUAGUGAUGUACCUUCACCACAGCUUGUAGGUAAUGGGAGUCAAGAAUUGGAGGAUCGUCUCAAUCCGAAACAGAAUGGGGAUGCCCAGCCACAGACAACCUCUUUGUAUGUUCAAAUACAGGAAUCUAAGCAGGGAGUGAAGCGACGGAACGCUAGUUCAAGCAGUGAGUCUGGCAAUAGCAGUGACCACACCACAAAUAGUUCAAAGGGUCGAAAUCACAUUCAUAUGGUUGAUAAAUACAAACGCAAGAAGAAGAAAAUAUCAGGUUCACAUAAAAUGUCUCAGGCGUCAUCGCUUUCUCAUUCCCAUUUUCGGUCCUUCAGACAUAAGAAACAUGAUGAACACAUGAAAUCAAGGAAAUCGAAGAAAAAGGCUCGUUCGAGUUACACAGAGCAUUUUACUGCAUUCUGUCCAAGCCUGUGCACAGUUGUUAAGUGGUCAUGGCAUAAUGAAGUAUGCAGAGGAGAAACACAAAUCUGCUAUGAUAAGUACAUAUAUUUUUCCAUUCUCACUGCACAGCUGUUCUUGUGGCGAGCAGCUGUGGAUAUUAUGCAUCCAACAAUGAUAUUUUUACAUCACCCAGUAUAUAUGUUUCUUGUUUAGAAUUUGAUUAGCAUUUAUAAAUUUCAUCAGCAGUAUACUGGUACACUUUUACCCAUCAAACUAUAUGUUUCAAAGUUGUAGAAAGUGCGUGGAAUUGUGUUCAUUGCUAUUAGGGAGGAGGAUGACCCGAAGCUUCUACUUAUACCAAAUUGUCCGUGUGUAUCCAUAUAGAAGUGGAGUCAGAUUUAAGGAAGAUACACUGUUAGUUAUAAAAACCCAUAUCUGAAAUACCCCUUCUUAGAGCCAUAGAAAUUCUUAAAUUUCAUCCACACAGAAUAUUUAUGUUGUACUAUCUUUAACCAGUGGAACCAGUUUUGAGAUUUAUCUUUGAUAAUUGAUGUUUUAGUGUAGCCGGGAUAUCCUAGUUGUUAAUAGUGACUGGCUGCAGGCUAGAUGAACAAGACAUGGGAGUUAGAUUCGCGGUAGGGGCAAGAAUUUUCUCCACAUUGUCCAGACCAGCUCUGGGGUCCACUCAACCUCCUAUCCAAUGGAUAUGGGGGAGGGAUAAAGUGGUGGGUACUUGAAGCUGACCACUCACCUCCAGCUAGUGCUGAGUUCAAGAAAAUGUGAAUCUGUACAUCCACUCCCCCAUACACCUUCAUGUCAUUGUGCUUAAUUAGUUAAACACAUGGACAAACUGUAGAAGAAUCGUAGCCCCAGAUGAUUUUAUUGCAGUGCAGAAACGUGAUAUGCGUACUCUGAUUCACAGCGUCGCAUGAGUGAUAAGAGGCUGGGGGAUGUUGCAUCAUAGCAUCUAAACAAAACAAAGUCUACUAAGGGAUGCCCCGAGUUUGAAUGCACUGUUUUCUGUGUUCAUGCCAAUGCUGUGUAAUGGGGCCCAGUGGGACCAAGUUAGUCAUGAGUCACUAACAUGUGACAGUAGAGUAGUUGACAUGCAAUAAUAAUGUGAUGUGGUAAAUUGAUAAGUUGGUGGCAGAAGGCUUCUGAUAGUGGACAGAUGCAGGAUAAUUGGAGUGUUGGAAGCUUUCUGACAGGAUGAUACUUGUUUAAUUCUGCCAAUAAAACUUACUGUUUUUUUGGGGGGGUGGU